AUGGGCUGUGGGGUCUCCGUGCCUAAGGUUGCGCUCGACGAGAAUGGGUUCGAGGACGGGUCUCCUACCUGGCAAAACAAUGACGCGGGCAACUCCAGUAGUAACCCUAGCGACGGCAGUAACCUCAACAACGCGCCCAACGAUCCAAGAUCGACAAAUAAGGCCGGGCCAGGCGCAAGCGGAAACGAGACAAGGAUCGGCGGGAUCUCGCCGAAGCGACCACUUUCUGGAAGACAGGUUGAUGGGGGGAACAAGAAGGGCCUCCUGGUCUACGAGUACAUGCCCAACCGCUCCCUCGACUGCCAUCUCUUUAAUGAAGCGGAGCCGCCGUUGACGUGGGAGGUGCGGGUGAAGGUGGCGCUGGGUGCAGCCAAGGGGCUGGCAUACCUGCACGAGGGCACGGAGCACCAGGUCAUCUUCCGAGACCUCAAGGCCGGCAACAUCCUGCUGGACGAGGUGCGGUUCAGUGCGGUUGGUGCGAUGCGAUGCAAUGCAGGCCUGGCCUAUGCAAUGCUGGGUUGCUGUAAUGCUGAGGAUUUGCCUGACGGGCCGCGGGGCGGCAAGACCCAUGUGUCCACUAAAGUGGUUGGCACAUACGGCUACACUGCUCCUGAGUACAUGCAGACAGGCCAUUUGACGAGCCGCAGUGACGUGUAUGCGUUUGGGGUGCUGCUGCUGGAGCUGCUAUCGGGCAGGAGAGCAGUGGACAUGGACCGGGUGUGGCAGGAGCGCAGCCUCGUAUACUGGGCCAAACCGUACCUCCUGGAUCGGCGCCAGAGCGUCAAGCUCGUGGACCCUAGGCUCGGUGGCCGGUUCCCAGUGAAAGGGGCACAGAAGCUGGCUCUGGCUGCACACUGCUGCUUGCUGGAUGCUAAAUCACGGCCCAAGAUGUCUGAGAUGGUGACUAUUUUGAGGGGAUUGCAGGAUAUUCCUGUUCCAGCGCAGCAGGUGGUGAGCCCAGGGCCAUCUGGGGGGUCGCGGCGGGAGGCGCCGCUGCUCCCCGUUCGUGCGUUCGCCGGGGCUGUCGCUCGCGUGGUUUUGAUAGGCCUGCUGGCCGCGGCGGUCGUGGUGAUCCCUCGCGCGAAUAGCGCUAUCACGGUGGAACAGAAGCGGAAGCAGGGCGGCGACGUGAAGAGCGCGUUCCUGGUGAAGGACGAGGAGGACCUGCCGGGCGCGGCCCUGUACGGCGCCGCCAUGGGCGGCGCGGCGGGCGGCGGCACCGCGUUCCGCCUCUCGCGGCAGGGCAUCAGCACCAUGGACAUGGUUCUUUCGCUGUUCUGUGCUUCUCUUUUAAACCUCUUCUCCUCUUCCCCCUCUUCCCCCCUUCCCCCAACCCCCCUUCCCUCCAUUCUCCCGUUUGGCUUUCUCUCCCGCUUCCCCUCUUCCCUCGUCCCUCGAUCUCUCUCACUCCCUUGCAUCGUUUAUUCCCCUCUUGCCCGUUAUAUCCUUCCCUCUUACCGUCUCCCUCUACAUCUCCCCCUCAGUCCCUGUCGUACCCUCCCCCCCGCCCCUCCUCCCGCCUUGUUUCCUCCUGUGCGUUGCUAUCAGGUAACCAACGCACUGCGGCGACGGAGAGUGAUCAAGAUGUUCAGAGGAGGACCGUUCAGCGUGAACAGGUCGUCGUACUACAUAAACAUGGAGUUCGGCCCGCUCAAGCACAUCAUGAACCUGCGCGUGGACAACCUCACGCCGCUCACCUGGGUCUCCUGCGACUGCAUCCAGUGCCGCACCGCUGGUGCCGUCUUCAAGGAGCGGCCGCCGUUCAACACAACAGCGAACAACUCCACGCACGUUGCCUGCUCGUCCCCCUCGUGCACGGCUGUGACAGGGCAACCAGUGCCGCUCGGACAAGUCGGUUGCAACCUCGCCUCCACCGUCAUCCCGUCUACUGUGCGCACAGGCAAGUGCACGUACACGCACUCGUUCCCCAUCGCCAAGAGCCCUCUGGGGUCCCCGGGGAGCCUGCUGCUGAGCGGCGACAAGACGAGCACGGGGAAGAGCGAGGGGCUGUUGCUAUCGGACCAAGUGUGGUUCACCCACUCCGAUAACACCACCGUCAACCCCCUCCUCACCUUCGGCUGUGGCAUGGCGCAGAGCGGCAGUCUAGCGGGCGUCACAGAGGCACCGGACGGGGUGUACGGGCUGGGCAGGGGGCCGCUGAGCAUCCAGAGCCAGAUGAACGACCUGGCGAUAUGGGAGUAUGGGUACGGCAUGUGUCUGGAGGGCGACAGCUCCACUGCCAACGCCAAGUCGUACCUGUCGCUGGGGAGUGGCCGGAUAGGCGGCGCCAACGACUCGGUGCCGAUGAUCUUCGUUGGGAAUAGUCCGCUGCUGUUUGUGGACAUGGUAGCCGUGGCUGUGGGGCUCGUGACGCUUGACUUGCCGCCCGGAACGUUCUCUCUGCCGUCCGACCAGGGCCUGGGCGGCACGGUGUUUGACCCCUUCACCACCAUCACUCGCCUGCCGCCCGCCGCUCUCAACGGCAUGAUUGACGCGCUGGUGUACAUCCGCCCAGGACUGCUGCCGGACAACACCACGUCCACUGCGCUCGGGCUGCGCUGCUUCACAGGCACCAUGUACAAGAAUGCCAACUAUACCGCAUUCUACAAGCAGUUUCCCACCAUGCACAUGCGCUUUGGCAACGGGGCCUACUUCUUCCUCCUCCCAGAGACCUACCUCAUUGCCACGCCCUCUACUGGCAAGGUGUGCUUCGCUGCUGCGGCCUCUGAGGACAGCCGAACCACCAUCGGAGAGUCCUUCCUGCGCAACAAGUACGUGGUGUAUUCCUUCAUCACCAACGACAUCUCCUGGUAUGACAUGAACUGCACCACGGGCCUCCGCUACUCCAAUUUCACCCUCCGCCCCCCGCCCACCGCGCCCUCCCCUCCCCCCGGCACCCCCCGAGCGCCCCCCAUGUACGAGUAUCCGCCUCCGCCCUCCCCUCCGCCCCCCAAACCGCCGUCUCCGCCCCCCCAACCCCCUUCACCGCCUCCUCCUAAGCCCCCCAAGCCCCCCUCUCCGCCCAAACCUCCCCCCUCUCCGCCACCCAAGCCCCCUCCGUCUCCCCCCUUGAAGCCUCCACUUUCCUCCCCCAAGCCCCCCUCUCCUCCCCCCAAACCCCCUCCACCUUCCCCCCCAAAGCCCCCAUCUCCUCCUAAGCCCCCGCUUUCUCCCCCCAAGCCCCCUCCAUCUCCCCCUUUGACACCCCCCGCUUCCCCUAAGCCUCCCCCAUCCCCUCUGAAACCACCAGCACCUGCAAUUCCCCCUCCCCCCAAACCUCCUGGUUCUACCACUUCCACUCCCCCUCCCCCUGCAAAGCCCCCUCCCCCCAAACCUCCUGGUUCUACCACUUCCACUCCCCCCCCCCCUGCAAAGCUCCCUCCCCCCACCACAACCGUCCCCCCUGCUCCCAAGCCCCCUGGCUCUGGAACAUCAACACCCCCCCCUAGUGCAUCUGACUUCCCCCCCCCCCCUGAACCGCCCUUCCCCCCGCUUACUGGCCCUGCGCCCCCACCAAAGCCCCCCCGCCCCCCUCGCCCUCCCCCGAAUCCUCCCCCUAUGCCCCCACCCGCUCCCCCUCCUCGACCCCCCCGACCCCCGCGCCCGCCCCCAAACCCUCCCCCAAUGCCUCCCCCUUCUCCCCCUCUCAAACCCCCUCGCCCCCCGCGCCCCCCCCCUCCACCUUUCCCCCCGGGUUACAUCUUCCCCCCAUCCCCUCCGCUGCCCCCUCCCUCUCCGUCCCCGAAACCCCCAGUGGGGUCACUCGACCAACCUCCCCCUCCCGAUUCUUCCCCACAAGAUUCCCCCCCUGCCUCCCCCCCGCCUUGGACCCGCCCCCCCCGGGUGUGGGCAAAGGGUCCCCCUGCCCCUAUCUUCUCCGCCCCCCCCUGGUGGACAAUAUGGCCUCUUCACACCUCCUCCCCCGCCGCCUCUACAUCUGCUCCUGGGUUUGAUCCGAGCAAUCUCGACCGUCAAUCGGACGACUCGGGUAGCGAGGCAGGGGUGGGAGGAGCCGUAGCAGGAGGAGGAGCGAGUGGGUUGGGAGGGUUCCGGGUGCAGAGCGUUGGUGAGGAGGACGGGGUUGGGGUGGUGGUGGGGAGAAAGGAGGCGGGAGAAGGACUUACAGGCACAAAGGGUGUUGCAGUUGCAGGCUCGACUGCUACUGAUGCCGCUGCUGGAGCAGCAGCUGCCAAAGCAGCAGCCGCCGCGGAGGCUGCAUCGGAUGCUGCGUACCCGGACGCAGCAAGCAUAGCGCAGGCGCUGCAGUAUGAGAAGAAGCACAGGCUGCGCGAGAAGGUGAUCGGGGCGUCGCCGGCGGAGUAUGAGCAGGCGCUGGAGGAGGGCGUGGAUGUGAUGGGGGAUGUGUAUGAUGAGGAGUUUGACGAGGCUGCUGUGCAAGCAGCCAAGGAGGGGAAGAUUGCCCGGGCUGAGGCGGCGGAGGAGGCAGCGGCAGUGGGAGAAGUGAAGUCCGGUGAUUCUGGUGGUGCUGGUGCUGGUGCUGGUGGUGCUGGUGCUGGUGCUGCUGGUGCUGGUGCUGGUGCUGGUGGUGCUUCUGGUGCUACUGGUGGUGCUGCUGGUGCUACUGGUGGUGCUGCUGGUGCUGGUAGUGAUGCUGGUGAUGCUACCAUCCUGGGCGAGAGAGCUGGAGAGGUGGGAGGAGCGGAUCGGCAUAUGGUAUUCGCUCACUCCAUUGACUUGCUGCCCAUCGAUUACAACAACCCCCUCGCAGCUGCUGUGCUUCCUGGUGACAAUGCAGCUGGGGAAAACGCGGAUGUGAGCAGCAGCACCAGCAGCAGCAGUGUGGCAGUGAAAGCACAUGUCACUGCAGCCGCCACUGCAGAAGCGACUGAAGAUGCUUCUGAAGAGGACACCCCCUUCUCCUUCCUGCCGACCUCCCUCUCCUGUGUGCCAGCAACCGACUGUGACUUUCACUUUGAGGGCCAUGCGGACUCUAUCCCUCUCUUUGACAUCUCCUCGCUGCCGGCCUCAGGGGGUGCUCUCCACACCCCGCCCAUUGCUUUCCGUGCUUCCGCUGCUGCUGCACGCACAGUGAAGCUGGGGGAGAGGGAGGCACAGACAAGGGAGAGGGAGGGGGAGAGGGAGUGUUUGCCGCCCAAGGUAGUGAGUGUGGAGAGUGGGGAGGGCAUGGCGGCGUGUGAUGAGGAGGAUGUGCCUGCGAGUGUUGACAAGCAGUUCUACCUGCAUGACCAUCGCCUAGCAUCGCACCCAUUCCAUCCGACAUCCAGCAAAGCAGCGUACGCUGGCGUGACGGUGCGUCUGCAGCUGCUCUCUGUGUCGCUGCUGCUGGAUGGAACAGUAGUGAGCCUGCACGAGGGGGAUGGACUCGAAGGCGACGACGACUUUGAGAAGAAGCUGCAGCACCUGUCGUCGGAGGAGGUCAACGUGCACCGCCGCCUCAAGCAGCGCAUCGUCUGGUGGCGCCGCACCGCGCGCUCCAUCAUGCUCUACUCCUCCUCGCUCGAGUUCCUGAUUGUGGGAGUGGCGGUGGUGGUGGCGCGAUCGCCGGACCUACUUUGGCACCACCGCCUCAUGCGCACGUCGCCCGUGCUGCUCUUCCCGCUGCUCGCCACGGCGCUCUACACGCUCUGCUCCCGCCUCGUGCAGCUGUACGACAAUAGGGAUCGCGACACGCUGGAGAGGCUCAAGGCGGAGAGGCAGGCGCAUCUGGACGAGCUCAAGGAGCGCACCAACUACUACAAGACGCUGCAGAUCAUUCAGCAAUACGAGAAGGAUCCUCUUGGCUGGUCGGCCGCUGACCCAUCGACCGCAGCAGCAGCAGGUACAGCAGCGAAGCCUGGAAAUGCUGCCGGUUCAAAGGGCCUCCCUGACACCAAUGGUAUUGCCUCCCCUGAUGCUGCCGCAUACGGUGCUGCCGGUGCGGCAGGGGCGGCAGGAGGAGUGGGAGGGGGUGGAUUCAUGGGCGGGAAGGGAGGGUACCAUCAGGAUGAGGCAGCAGCAGGGGGGGCAGCAGGGGGAGUGAGUUUGAGCAGCCCUGCUGGCCUGCGCAGGCGCAGGGGGAGGGAAGGAGGGGCGGCAGCAGGUGCAGGGAAAUCGCCCUCGCCCUUGCUCCCAGGGCCUCUGGCCUCCACUCCAUCUCACAGCCGCAGCAGCAGCGGUGGUGUUGGUGGUGGCAGCACGGCCGCAGCAGCAGCAGGGCGCUCCUCUAGUGGGGCGUUCGGCCAUGGGGCAGGGGCUGAGGCAGGGAGAGAACUAGCAGGGGUGGGGUUAUCAGCGCACGGGUAUGGAGAUCGAGCGGUUUCAGGAGCAGGGGCGAGGAGGACAGGAAGAGCGUCGGAGGAGGGGUGGAUGGCGAGGAUAGCAGCGAUGCUGGUGGGGGAGGAUGCCACACAGUGCUAUGCGCUCAUCUGCCACAAGUGCUUCAGCCACAACGGCUUGGCGCGCAAGGAGGACUUUCCCUACAUCACCUACAUCUGCCCUCACUGCCGCCACCUCAACCAAGCACCCGCUGCCACCCAGCAGCCGCAGCAGCAGCACCACCAGCACUCCCACCCCCACCCGCAGCAGCAGCAUUACCACGAGCAAAGUGGCAGUGGCAGCAGUGGAAUAGGGGGGGAAGCAGGCGGUGGUGAUGGUGGUGUGGGAGGUGCAGGUGUCAGUGGGGUGGGUGGAGGAGCAAGUGAGGGUGGUGGGGGGUCGUCAGGGCCAUCCAGGGCAUCUAGUAGUGUGUCGUCUCCCACUGGUGCGACUGUGGGUGGUGAUGGGAGGAGGGGGCUGAGGCGAGGGCGGAGUGUGGGGCGCAGGGCUCCUAAGCUCGCUGCUGUGAGAACAACUGGGUCUUUCUCUGCUGCUGCUGCUGUUGCUGCUGCUGCCGCUGCUGCUGCUGAUGCUGGUGCUGGUGCUGAUGACGUUGAUGUUGAUGCGGCUGGUGGUGCUGGUGGUGCUGGUGGUGCUGGUGGUGAUGGUGGUGAUGGUCUGACCGCUGCUCCUGAUUCGGCAUGUCAUGCUGCAGAACGGCUGGGAGAGGGGAUGGAUGCAUGCAGUGGAGAGCAGCAGGGGCGGUUGGUGGGAGGCGAAGGAGAGGAACGGGAGGACGAAGGGGAGCACGCUAUGGGGUCGCAUGAUGGGUGGAGCACUGAUGAUGGGGAGCUGGAUGAAGUGGGUGAAAGCAUUGAGGGUGGAGGGGGUGGGGAUGGAGGGGGUGGCGGGGAGGGAGAAUCAGAGGGAAAAACAGAGGGGGGAGCUGAAUGCGGAGCAGAGGAGGAGGGGGGAGCGGGUAGUGAGGGAGAUGUUCAGAGACCAGGGCUGGAUGGCGGUGCCAGGGAGUUAGGAGUGGUGGAUGGUGGUUCUGCUUCUGGGUUGCCAGUGGCUGGUGGUGAUUCACAUGAAGGGCCUGAGGGACCCGAGGGGCCUGAGGGGAAUGAGGGUUCUGAGAGUUGUGCUGUUUCUUCUUCACCUGUGCGUGAGGGGAGGGAUGGAGGGAGUGGUGAUGGGAGUGGCUUGGAUGAGGGUGAGUGGAGCAUCGUGAGCGGUGGUGGGGAAGUAGAGAAAGCCAAGGUGGAGGCAUGA